AUGCGUUUUUUCAUUGCGCUUUUUGCCCUUCUUGCGGCAGUUCGGGCCGUCUAUCUAGAUACUUGGAAUGUGACCACAAUCAAACAGGCAACAGCGUUGAUCGCAGAAGGUCUUCUCGACUACUACGAAGGAACAAAGUACGGUGGAACCAUCGGAAUGUUCUCGGCUCCGUACUAUUGGUGGGAGUCCGGCGGAGCGUGGGGCUCCAUGCUUGAAUACACCAUCUACAUGGAAAACGACACUUACACAGAUCUCAUCAAGGAGGCGCUUUUGUACCAAGUCGGCGACGACUUCAACUACAUUCCGUUGAACCAGUCCACCACCGAAGGUAACGAUGACCAAGCUUUCUGGGGCCUUGCUGUGAUGUCUGCUGCAGAAAAGAACUUCUCCAACCCUACAGACCACCGAGCAGCGUGGUUGACGUUGGCACAGGCUGUUUUCAACACCAUGAGCGCACGGUGGGACCUUGGCGAAUGUAACGGAGGCUUGCGGUGGCAGAUUUUCCAGUGGAACUCGGGCUACGACUACAAAAACUCCGUUUCCAACGGUGCCUUGUUCCACAUGGCUGCUCGUCUAGCACGGUACACCGCCAACGACUCGUACGUGGAGUGGGCCGAGCGUGUCUUUGACUGGAUGUACGGCGUCAACUUGUUGACUGAGGGCGAAUGGUGGUUUGUCUACGAUGGUGUGAAAAUCGCCAACAACUGCUCUCAGGUGACCAAGCUUCAAUGGACAUACAACCAGGGACUCAUGUUGGCCGGCUGUGCAUACUUGUACAACUACACCUUGGAUGAGAAGUGGCUCAACCGGACCAUGAACCUUUUACAUGCCACGCAAGUGUUUGUGUACAACAAGUCGGCCGAUGCACACAUCAUCUACGAGGCAGCGUGCCUGUCUCCUACAGAGAACAAGUUCACAUGCAACAAUGACCAGCGGUCGUUCAAGGCGUACUUCUGCCGGUGUCUUGGCGCCACUUCUGUUCUUGUGCCGCAGACAUACGACAGGAUCCGCCGUUGGCUUGUGGACCUGGCCAAUGCUGCCGCUUACUCGUGUCUGGGAGGUAGCGAUGGCCACACAUGCGGUCUUUCGUGGACCAACGGCACGUGGGACGGCAACUACGGAUUAGGUGAGCAAAUGAGUGCGUUGGAGGUGAUGAACAACUUGCGUGUGGCCGACUUCCCUCAUUUCCCAUUGACUGCGGACACCGGUGGAACUUCCAUUGGAAACCCAGCUGCGGGUUAUCCGAAGGCAGCCACAAAUGCGUCUCCGCUCGUGUUGGACAGUGGAGACAAGGCUGGUGCCGGCAUUAUCACUGCUGUGAUUGGUGCGGCUAUUGUGGGUGCCAGUGUGUGGUUGGUGUUGUAG